GUUUCCCAGGGAAACCAGGAAGCUGAUGUGCUGGGGGUGUAUUUUUUAUCCUCCUUUCCCUUUCUCCUCCUCCCCCUUCCUUUUUGCCGAUGAACCAGGAAGUAAAGUUUGCUCAGCUUAGGAUUCCCCAGUUUUCCCAUUAAGAAGCAAGCGAGCAACUUGAGUAAUAGGUGGAGGAGGAGGGGAGAACAGGGCAUUAUUACAGGCACGACAGAGAGACCAUGACGACGUUAAUUCACCGGGGGCGGCGGGCAGAUGUCGGGCGAAACGUUGACAAGCGGCUGGAGGGUGAGGAGGACUCCAUACCAGACAAGACUUUGGGCGAGGAAGACUUCGGAGACUCCAAAGACAUCCGCCUCACCCUCAUGGAGGAGGUGCUGCUCCUCGGCUUGAAGGAUAAAGAGGGCUACACAUCCUUCUGGAACGACUGCAUCUCCUCCGGCCUCCGGGGCGGCAUCCUCAUUGAGCUGGCAAUGAGGGGAAGGAUACAGCUGGAGCCACAGACUAUGAGGAAAAAACGACUGCUGGACCGGAAGGUCCUCCUAAAGUCAGAUGCCCCGACAGGAGACGUCCUCCUAGACGAGACGCUGCGGCACCUCAAAGCCACCGAACCUGCUGAGACAGUGCAGACGUGGAUUGAGUUGCUGACGGGUGAGACCUGGAACCCCUUCAAGCUGCAGUACCAGCUCCGCAACGUCCGGGAGCGGAUCGCCAAGAACCUUGUGGAGAAGGGGAUCCUGACGACUGAGAAGCAGAACUUCCUCCUCUUCGACAUGACCACCCACCCGGUCACCAACACCACGGAAAAGCAGCGCUUGGUGAAGAAGCUGCAAGAGAGCGUCCUGGACCGGUGGGUCAAUGAUCCCCACCGUAUGGACAGGCGGACCUUAGCCCUGCUGGUCCUGGCGCACGCCUCUGAUGUGCUGGAGAACGUCUUCACCAGCCUGGUCGACGAGAAAUACGAUGUGGCCAUGAACCGGUCCAAGGACCUCAUGGACAGAGACCCUGAGGCGGAAGCGGCCAAGGCGGGGGGCUCAGAGAUGAUCUGGGCUGUGCUGGCAGCCUUCAACAAGUCCUAAAAGGCUCCCGAGUUGGGCAAGGCUGUUCUGAGUGGGUUUGACCCUAGUUUCCUCUUUAGGACUGAACCUUUUCCGUUCUGUGGAAUCUUCCCAUGCUCCUUAGCGGUGGGCAUUGGUGACUUGCUGCGCCCAUAGCCGCCACCACAGAUGUUGGGCAUGGCAGGCGACAUUCUGUUACAGGAACGCCUAUAUCUUCACCACCACCUCCUCUUCCUCGGAUUCGGGGACUUGUUAGGUUGCAAGAACAAGCAAAGAAGUUUGUGGGCCGUUUUCUCCUUCCCCCUGGAAACACCCCACCCGUUCCAUUCUCCCCUCCCCCCAGUUUAAAAUGAAGGUCUGUGUCUGCUAGAAGUGGAGUGAGCCCCCUCUCUCGUUUAUUUCAAACUUUUUUGUCUCCCUCCCCCCCCCCCUGCUGUUUUAGGGAACAAAUUACGAUGUGCAUUUGGGAUUUUUGUUUUGUUCCAUUUUUUUCCUCUGUGUGUUAAAUCUUAUAAUCCCAUGUUUUGCCCUGUCUCGUUUUUUCGACCCAGUUUUUCCCUUGUGCUGUUUAUUCCUUGUAUUCUGCUGGAAAAAACAACAUUACAGCACAAAUCUCUAUGCAAUCUCUUGUGUGUUAUUUUUUCCCCAUGCUUUUGAUUCUCAGGGUUCCACUUCCUUCUCAGUGGCAAUUUGUUUGUAAAGUAGGCAGAGGAUGCCCAUAAACUGGUGAUGUUCUGUGUGUUCUGGGCUAAUGAAAAGCCAAGUGUUGGAUCAAGACUUAGUUGCAGCAUUGAAAUCAAUGAAAUUUUAACUGAGCAGAUUUGCAUGAUUUCUUUAUAUAAUUUUAUUCUGUUUUUGAUUGUUGCAUAAUGGAGCCCCUUCCCUUAACCAGCCUUCCCAAAGCCAGGCCCCCUUCAGAUAUUUUGAUCUCCCGCAAUCCCUGGCUCUGCUGCCUUUGCUUGGUGGGAGUUGUAGUUCAAAACACCUAGAGCGGCACCACGCUGGUAAACCAUGACCUAUGCUCUUAAAAUCUUCAGUUGUCUUCCUGGCUUCUGAGACUUUUAGGUGUUGCCCAUACGCUAUAGAUCAUGUUUUCAUGGCUAUAAGAUCUAGAAGCUUGGUUUUGUUUUUUAAAUGAAACCAGACAUUCCAGCCAAAUGAGCAUACUGAUUUGGCAACACAGCAUGGUACGUGCAGUGUUGCUGAUAUUGCAUCUCAUGUUGGCCAAGUACUGUAAGAAUUGUAUUGGACUAAACGGGCCUUUGUUCUGACCCUAUAGUGCUUUUAGAGAAUCAGAGAACUGUAGAGUUGGGAAGGGAUCCCAAGGGUCCUUUAGUCCAGCUCCCUGCAAUGCAGGAUCUUUGGAUGUGAUGUGUGAGUGUGCCUCUUGUUAAGCAGCUCCCUGGGGAGAGUUCUGUACUCACAAGUGCAGGUUUAGGAGCCUUGAACCACUUGUUGGAAUAAAGUGUGCGAAGCUGCUCCAGGCAGGGUGAAGCUGUUGGUCUGCCGUUCCCAGAGUCCUUUCUGAAUUGCCACAGGUCUCCGGGGUCUUGGGCGCAUCCUUCCCAAGAUCCUUUCAUCUGCAAUGUGUGUCCUGCGCCCAAUGAGCUGUGACCUGUUCCCCAAAGUUGGGGAAAGUUUCCUCCACAGCUGGAGGUAACAAUGCUUGUGAAUCACAGUUGCUGGAAACCGCAGGAGGAGGGUGUGCUCUUGCACUCAGGUGUUGUGCUUGCAGGUUCUCCACGGGCAUCUGGCUGCCCGCUGUGAGAACAGGAUGCUGGCCUAGGUGGGCCACAGGCCUCAUCUUGCAGGCUCUCCUUAGGAUGAACCAAAAGCAGCUGCCUGAAGAGAGAAUCCGAUCCAACCAUUGUUCUAUCUUCCAUGGCCUGGGAUGUGGCUCUUGAACAGAGGAGCUAUUUCCUGGUCCAGCUAACAGAGAUCCUAUUUAAUAGGCCAUGCCUAGGAGCCUUCUGCAAUCCAAGCAUGUGCUCUGCUAUGGAGCUGUGCUUACCCACACCCUGCUGGUGCAGAGAGAGGGCCAACCCUCACAGAAAGAAGGCUGCUGCAAGCUUUAGUUGAAAUUACCAGUGAGUUGCCAAAAUAACCCAUUAAUGUUCCAAGCCUAGGCUGCUGUUUUGGUUGGGUAUAUUGUGACAGGUGCAGUGGACACUCCAUGCCAGGAUUAGCCAUUGUGGUUACAUCUGGAUGGUUUGGACUCCAAUUCCCAUUAGCCCAAUGACCUGGGAUGAUGGGAGUUGUAGUUUAGCAUCACCUGGAGGUACCUCAUUGGCUACCCCUGCUCUGUGCAAUGGCAUUGCUUGCUGGGCAUGUAUUAUGCCAGUUCUUAAGGACCAGCACUGGUUGGCGCUGUGGAGAGCUCUGAAUGACGUGGCCCCCAAAUACCUGAAGGAGCACCUCCUCCUAGGUCCACCUGCCCAGGUGUUAAGUUGCCAGCAGGGCCUCCACUAUUUUGUGAAGUUUGUGGGGUGACAGGGCAUGAGAGGGUCUUUCUGGUGGUGACUUUCCAGAUUGUGGAAUGCCCUUCCCUCUGGCCCCAUCGUUUCUUGUACUUUUUGACGUUGGGUCACGAUUUUCACCUUUCUGCUCCUUUGAAACGAUGGAAGGUGAGACAUGAUGCAAUUGUAGUGUACCUUGGGGCAGCAGGGUGAAUGACAGGCUAUAUAUAUAUAAAAAAUAAAUGGCUGUGCUUUGGGUCGUUGUCUUUCAGUGGGACUUGAGAACUUGUGUCACCCCCAGAUACUGUAGGCCUUUAUCUCCCCUCAGGCUAGGGGAUUGCAAGUUACCGGUAGGUGAGUUUUUCGGUGGAAAUUUUCUGUUGGGAAUUCCACCUAGCAGUUUGACUGCCUUGCGAAAGGAAUUUCCUCCCUUUUUGAGAUUUUAUAAGGAUGCAUUUUUAAAAAUGCAGGUGCUUCUAUUGAGAAAAAAAAAAACACACACACACACACACACAUAUACACACUUUCCCCCUCUCCCCAUUAAAUGUAAAGCA